UAUUGUUGCGGAGUUAUCUCUGCUAGUACAGAAGCUAGAGAAGGAGAAGAAGAGAGGGGCUCAAAAACCUUAAACUUAAAACGGUUCAUUGUUCCUUUUUUUUUUUUUUCCUUGUUUUUUCCCAUUAUUCCAGUACGGUCACGAGUAAAGCUGUGCUCGUUUCACUGUAGACUAUGCAAUUUUCGCAGAUGGGUUUUCUGUAAUUGGAUAAGGGGAAGGGAAAGAUCCACGACGCAUUGAACAGGGAGUAGAUCUCACAGGUCGCAGCAGUGUGAAUUUUGUUCCAUGUAUCUUAUAGGAAUAGCAUUUGGGUCCCAGUUUAUCUUCUGCUUGCGGCUGGGAGCUGAAUUAGGGUUUUAUUAGGGUUUAUGCCCAGAGAAAGAGAAGCUAGUGUAGGCAAGCGUUGAAAAGGCUGGUUUUAUUAUUGUUAUUUUUUUGUAUCGUUUACUGACGGGGAUGUGUUUUUGUCCCGCUUUGAAGUUUUAACAUGUCACAUAACUGGAAAGAAGAAAUGUUUGAGGAGAACGAUUCAGAUGAAAUGUUUUAAGGGUUCCUCUGAAUUAUUGUUAAAAUCAGGGAAGAAUUACUGGAGAAGCAGAGUUUCUGGGUGUUUUAAAUAUGAUCAAAUUCUUAAACGUAUUUGAGUGGGAAUAGGAUUUGGAAGGGUUAGCGAACUUAGCGGCAAGAAUCUAGUUUAUUUGGUGCCAAUUUCAGCUGAAAUCGGGGUUACGGCAAUUUAACUGUUGUUGGUUAACAUAUAGUUAUUUAAGCUGGAGCGCUUGGGAUUACCGGGAACCAUGUCUUCAUUGAGCAGAGAACUGGUGUUUUUAAUUUUACAGUUCUUGGAUGAGGAAAAGUUUAAGGAAACUGUUCACAAGCUAGAACAGGAAUCUGGGUUUUUCUUCAAUAUGCGGCAUUUUGAGGAUCAAGUCCAGGCAGGUGAGUGGGAUGAAGUCGAGCGCUAUUUAUGUGGGUUCACAAAAGUUGAAGACAAUCGAUACUCCAUGAAGAUCUUUUUUGAGAUCAGGAAGCAGAAGUACCUGGAAGCCCUUGAUAGGCAGGAUCGAGCAAAGGCUGUUGAGAUUCUUGUGAAGGACCUUAAAGUUUUCUCAUCGUUCAAUGAAGAACUUUUCAAGGAGAUAACCCAGCUGCUUACUCUUGAUAACUUCAGGCAGAAUGACCAGCUGUCCAAGUAUGGGGACACAAAAUCAGCUCGGAAUAUUAUGCUUGUGGAACUUAAAAAGCUUAUUGAAGCAAAUCCACUGUUCCGUGAUAAACUUACAUUUCCACCGUUUAAAAGCUCACGACUACGGACAUUAAUAAACCAAAGUCUCAAUUGGCAGCAUCAGCUCUGCAAGAAUCCUCGUCCAAACCCUGACAUCAAAACACUUUUUACUGAUCAUACUUGCACCGCUUCUAAUGGAGCUCGUCCUCCCCCUCCCACAAACAGCCCUCUCCUGGGGCCCAUUCCCAAAGCUGGGGUUUUUCCUCCUAUCGGUGCUCAUGGUCCAUUUCAACCAGUUAUUUCCCCAUCUCCUGGUGCCAUGGCAGGGUGGAUGUCGGGCGCUGGUCCCUCUUUACCUCAUCCUGCCGUGGCAGCAGGGCCUGCCAAUCUUUUGCAGCCUUCUCAUGCAGCUGCAUUCUUAAAACACCAAAGGACCCCUGCAAGCAUUGCUGGACUAGAGUAUCAACCACCUGAACCUGAGCACUUGAUAAAGCGUGUUCGCACUGGCCAAUCUGAUGAGGUGUCCUUUUCUGGUGUGACACAUGCUCCCAAUGUCUAUUCACAAGAUGACCUUCCUAAAGGUGUUGUGAGGACCCUUAACCAAGGAUCUAACGUCAUGACUAUGGACUUCCAUCCACAGCAGCAAAACCUUCUUCUGGUUGGGACCAAUGUUGGUGAAAUUAGCCUCUGGGAAGUUGGAUGCAGGGAAAGGUUGGUACAUAAACCUUUUAAAGUUUGGGAUAUCUCAGCUUGUUCAAAGCCAUUGCAGGCAUCAUUUUUGAAAGAUGCUGCAAUAUCAGUUAAUCGAUGCAUUUGGGGCCCGGAUGGACAGAUACUUGGUGUUGCUUUUUCAAAGCAUAUUGUUCAGACUUACACUUAUAGUCCAACUGGAGAACUAAGAGAGCAUUUGGAGAUUGAUGCCCAUAUUGGUGGUGUUAAUGACAUUGCCUUUGCUCAUCCCAAUAAACAACCGUGUAUUGUCACGUGUGGUGAUGACAAGACAAUCAAGGUAUGGGAUGCUAUGACAGGUCGCAGACUGUAUAUAUUUGAAGGCCAUGAAGCUCCUGUAUAUUCAAUCUGUCCUCACUACAAAGAAAAUAUCCAGUUUAUUUUCUCCACUGCCACGGAUGGGAAGAUUAAAGCUUGGCUGUAUGAUUGUUUGGGAUCUAGAGUGGACUAUGAUGCCCCUGGACUUUGGUGCACUGUGAUGGCAUAUAGUGCAGAUGGUAUGAGGCUUUUCUCAUGCGGAACAAGUAAAGAAGGUGAUUCUCAUCUAGUUGAGUGGAAUGAGAGUGAAGGAGCUAUUAAACGAACAUAUUCUGGCUUCAGAAAGUGUCCUCUAGGUGUUGUCCAGUUUGACACAACAAGGAACCGCUUCUUAGCUGCUGGUGAUGAAUUUCAAAUUAAGUUUUGGGACAUGGACAAUACCAACAUGUUGACAGCUAGUGAUGCAGAUGGCGGAUUGCCUGCAAGUCCUAGAUUGAGAUUCAACAAGGAAGGGUCAUUAUUGGCAGUCACAACAAGUGAUUGUGGAGUUAAGAUUCUAGCCAACAAUGAUGGCCUCCGAUUGAUAAAGAUGUUGGAGAGCAGGAAUAUGGAGGGAAAUCGAGGCCCUUCUGAACCCAUAAAUUCUAAGCCAUUGAUUGUUAAUGCAUUGGGUCCUGUUGGAAAUCUUGCCGCUCCUGUUGCUCCUGCUCUCGAGCGUUCAGAUAGAAUCCCACCUGCUGGUUCCUUUAGCAACCUUGCUAGUAUGGAUGGCAGCAGGCUUGUUGAUAUUAAGCCAAGGAUUUCAAAUGAUGUAGACAAGAUUAAGAGCUGGAAAAUUCCAGAUAUUGUCGAUCCAUCUCAACUUAAAGCUUUACGAUUGCCGGACACCAUAGUAGCAGGCAAGAUUUUACGUUUGAUCUACACCAACUCUGGCAUAGGUCUACUGUCCCUGGCCUCUACCGCCAUUCACAAGCUUUGGAAAUGGCAGCGCAGCGAGAGGAAUCCAACGGGGAAGUCUACUGCAUAUGCUGUGCCACAGUUAUGGCAUUCAACCACUGGGAACCCCAUGUCUAAUGAUGUAACUGGCAUUACUUCAUCUGAAGAGCCUGCUGCUUGCAUUGCUUUAUCUAAAAAUGAUUCUUACAUUAUGUCUGGCUCUGGUGGAAAGGUCUCUCUAUUCAACAUGAUGACAUUUAAGGUCAUGACAACAUUUAUGGCCCCACCUCCUGCAGCAACUUUUUUGGCAUUUCAUCCUCAAGACAAUAAUAUUAUUGCCAUUGGAAUGGAUGAUUCUACAAUUCAGAUAUACAAUGUCAGAGUAGAUGAGGUCAAAAUCAAACUUAAGGGCCACCAAAAGCGAAUAACAGGGCUUGCAUUUUCCCAGACUCUAAACGUGCUAGUUUCUUCAGGGGCUGAUGCUCAGCUAUGUGUUUGGAGCAUUGAUGGAUGGGAGAAAAAGAAAACAAAGUUCUUACAAGCACCAGCUGGUUGCCCAUCCUCACUUACCGGAGAAACUAAAGUCCAGUUUCAUAAUGAUCAAAAUCAUCUACUGGUCGUCCAUGAAAAUCAAAUUUCUGUCUAUGACAGCAAGCUUGAAUGUUUGCGAUUGUGGUCCCCUAGAGACUCACUCACAGCUCCAAUUUCGAGUGCAAUAUACUCCUGUGAUGGUCUGCUCGUUUACGGUGGUUUCUGUGAUGGGGCUGUUGGAGUUUUUGAUGCAGACAGCUUAAGGCUCCGAUGUCGAAUAGCGCCAUCUGCUUACAUGCCCUUGUCUCCGUCCAGCAGCGGCAGUGUCUAUCCCUUGGUUAUAGCAGCCCACCCAUCUGAACCCAACCAGAUUGCACUUGGCAUGAGCGACGGUGUGGUUCAUGUAGUUGAGCCAUCUGAUGCACAGCCUAAAUGGGGUGCUCCACCCCCUCAAGAUAACGGGUCCCUCCCCUCAAACUCAUCAAAUCCUUCUCUGAGUGGUCAGCUGUCAGAACCCCAUUCCAGGUGAUGGUGUUUUGUGGUAUAAGGGCAUUUACCGGAGUCAUUUAUAGCAGUGUUGAGCUCUUCUUCACUUUUUUGUGUUUGCCCAUUCUUUUUUGCUCUAAUAUUUUGCUUCAAAGCAGAGAUUUUGCUGUAAAUAUUUUCGACAUUUUCCCUAGCUUUGCCAUAUGAAAUUUUACGGAGCAAAAUUAUAUAUUAUCAUGAUCAGAGACAAAUUUUGAAA